UCUGCCGCCGUGCCGGAUGUCUGGACACAAUCACACCACAGGGAGCUGUAGAGGGCGGAGAGCAGAGGCCGGCGGAGCCAUGGCGACCACUCUCUCGUUAUCUUCUCCCCUCUUCCUCGCAGCUCCGGCCAGAGCUAGAGAUGUGGCCUUGUGCGGAGUGCCUUCAGCUAGUACAUCAUGGAGCACUGCAAAUGCUCUAAGCAAGGGCUACAUGGUUAGAGUACAUGAGCGGGGGAAACAGCGACGCAUGGCAAUAGUAUCCGUGAUUGGAAGAAAGUCAACGACUAGAGAAACAGUUGUCCCUGACCCCGACUAUAGGUUACCAAUUGCUAUACUUGGGAUUGCUGGUGCUUUUGCAUAUGCAGACAAUCUUCUAGCUGCUGCACCUGUAGGACUGCUGGGACUGCUGCUUUUGUUCCAGACUACAAGAGUGAGGUUCGUCUUUGAUAAUGAGGCCCUGGAGGUGAAAGUUGGAGACCAGUUGCAGGAGUCAGGUGAAAAUGUGUUUGUUGGUGGCAAGAACCGUUGGAAGUACUCAACGUUCAUAAAUUGGGAGCUAUGGUGGCCACAAUUUCCUAUCUUGGUUUACUUCAAAGAGAGCCAAACAAAACCUGAGGGGCAGAUCCACUUCUUCCCAGUGAUAUUCAAUGGCCGACAACUCUAUGAUGUCAUGGUGGAGCGUGCUGGACCCUCAAAGACGAGCGGCCCUAAGUAGAAGUAGUGCUGAUCUUCCCUCAAGAUGAUGAGCUGAGUUCCAUGGCGUGCUGCUGUGGCACCAGUUGACGCUCCAGGAAGCAAAGGCUCCGUGCCUUUUUCGACCUACCUGAUGUGUGGUCCUAUGCAUUACCUUCGAGAUAAAAUGAAGGAUGAAUGGAUGAUGUAUUAGCUGUAGAUAUAUUAGAAACUGAUGUAAUGCAACAUCAACUACUCAUCUGAGGCAAUACAUUGGUGUGUACUUGGAUUUAUA